UUCCUGUACAACUUUGUCUGGCGGCUAGCAGUGAUACCAUCAAACAAUGGAGCAACGCGUAGCUCCAAUCGCGGUGUUUAUUCUGCUGUGUAUAUCAAAUUGGCAACACGUGUUGGGUCAUUGUCCUCACAAUCCGUAUCGUACGUUCGAUGGAACCUGUAACAAUCUGCACAAUCCCUCAUCGGGCGCUGCCAAUACACAGUUCGCACGACUGAUUCCGGCCAAAUAUAGUGAUGGCAAGUCGAGGCCCGCCGUAGCAGCGGACGGCAGUGAGCUACCUAGUGCACGGUUGCUGUCGGUGGAGGUUUUCCAGGAAGGUGUGCAGAACAGUCCGCAGUUUUCGCUUGCCAACAUGCAGUUCGGACAGAUUGUGGCCCAUGACAUGGCACUAACGCGUGGAGUUCGCGAUCAACUGCCCUGUUGCGCUAAUGGUCGUCUGCAACCUGCACGAGGACCAAGAUGUUUCGCCAUUCCCGUCCCAGUCGAUGAUCCUGUAUUUUCAGUCCGUGGUAUUGAGUGUUUGGGCAUGAUCCGUACGCUGACCACCUGUGAUGAAGAUCCCUCCGGUUGCAACCGGGCGGAACAGAUCAAUGCAGUCACUUCGUUCCUAGAUCUGUCAGUCGUGUACGGCAACUCCGUUCAAGAGGCAGCCCAGCUUCGAGAGCCCAACACGGGUUUCUUGAAAGUUGAGCAGCGUGAUUUUCAAGCAUGGCCACCGCGGCAUCCGAACGCGAGUACUACCUGUACCCUGAGAACUCCGAACGAUGCCUGCUACCUUACCGGCGAUGGACGAGCGAACCAGAGUCCUCAUUUGGCGAUACUUCAAAUCACAUUCGUACGGGAGCACAAUCGAAUCGCUAGACAUCUCCAGGCGCGCAAUCCCAAUUUAUCUGCUGAGGAAAUAUUCCAGCGAGCCCGAAGCAUCAACAUUGCCCAGUAUCAGCACAUCGUGUACUACGAAUGGUUGCCAAACUUCUUGGGUGAAAGCUUUAUGUUGCAGCAUGAGCUGAUUUACCAGUCGAGAGGACAUACGAACGAUUACAAAUCCACCACCGAUCCGUCUGUGAUCAACUCGCACACGACGGCUGCGUUCCGAUUUUUCCACUCCUCCAUACAGGGCACUCUGAAACUCUAUGAGGAAAGUCGCAAAUCGAUGUCCAAGGUAGACAUCAACGAUCACACCAACAAUCCCAGCAUUCUGGAGGAAGCGUCCAAUCGAUAUCCUGACCUGCUGCGUGGACUUACCACCCAGCCGAUGGGACUCCACGACACCAGCCUCGAUCCGGCCACCAAACAUUUCCUCUUCCGGUUCAACAACAUGUUCGGCACCGAUCUCAAGGCGCUCGACAUCCAACGCGCACGUGAUCAUGGUCUGCCCGGAUACAACGACUUUGUGUUUUACUGCUUCCGGCAGCGUGCCACUACCUGGGCCGAUUACAAUAAGGUGCUUCUGCCAGAGGCAAUCGAGCUACUAAGCAUCUACUACAAAUCCGUCGACGAUCUCGACCUGUCCGUUGGAUUGGCGUUCGAGAAGAAGAUUGACGGUACGGAAACGGGAAUGGUGAUGCGAUGCAUAAUGAGCGAGCAGUUCCUGCGCACCAGAAAGGGCGAUCGCUUUUUCUAUGAGAAUGGAAACCACUUGAGUGCCAGAGAGCUAACGGAAAUUCGUAAAGCUUCCAUGGCUAAAAUCUUGUGCGCCAAUUCGAUCCAGCUGCGGGACAAUCAACCAGAAGUCACACAGAUACAGCCAAACGCAUUCCUGCUGCCGUCCAAUACGAACCAACUACGGGCAUGCUCUUCGCUACCAACUCCGAACCUUAAAGUGUUUGCUUAAAUGGUGGUUGUUGGGGGAUGGUUGUUGGAGGAUAGUAAGAAGGAAGAAGUUUUAAAAUUUAUAUCAUACUAAAUAUACAUGUUGUAGUAAUAAAAAAAAACGCCCCUCGAUAGUUAAUAGUAAUUUUUGACCAUGCGGACGACACACAAAGACGACAAUGAACAUCGCGAAACGAGGGACCUCAGAA